AUGACGCAGAAAAUUACGCAACACCGCAGCGCCGAAGGCGAGUGGGGAAAGUCGUCUCAGCCGACAACUUUUCAGGUGAAAGCAAUAGUGUCCAUCAAGCACAUUAAGGUGUUCGGCGAAUCGAGCUACAUGAAGGCCAAGGUUAACAUUCACGAGGAUCGCACUCACUUCGACCUGAAUGUCCGCUUGACGCGUGAGCUGGGCAGCAACCACCUGGUGAUGAAUGUCAAGGUGCGGGUUCGACCCGAUGGCAGGAACAAGUUUGUCCGCUUGUUCGGGCUGAAACGAAUCAAUUUCUGUGGCUUCCUCAGCGAGUAUAAUAGCAGCCCGAUGCUGCGGUUCUUGUUCAAAAAAACGGUCAUACUGAGCGACAUCAUUGAGUGCCCCAUCCGGGUGGGCAACUACACGAUGCUGAAUGCCGAUGUGGCCGAAAAUAUCUCGCCGGAUGGUGUUCAAAACGGCACAUACAAGUUCUUCGCUGAAAUAGUCGAGGAGAGCGGAGAGAUAGCCAAGGUUUUUGCUUUGCAGGUCACCUCGAUUAUACAGAUCAUAGAGCAAGAGAAUGGCGUGUGA